AUACAUAUCUAUUAUAAUUAAGGCUUGAUAAAAAAUUUUAAAACGAGUUUAACGAUAAUAAGUUUGUAGAUAUGCAAGUAAAAAAAAUACAAUAAGGUCGUUGACUGAUAUUGAUAAUAAUGAAAUAGCACCCAAGUUAAAAAGUGUUUAUCAACUUUUAAACAGUAUUGCUGAGUUGAGUGCAGUUGAAGCAUCAAAUUUUUCAUGUCAAUCGUUUCGUUUAAACUGUUGUAAAUUAGUUAUCAAUGUCAAGUGUAAUAUUUAAAUUAUUAAUCGUUACAAUUUGGGCAUGUAGUAUUUUAAUUAAUGCUUCACCAAUUGUAAAAAUAAAAAAUGGAACUCUCGAGGGCUCAAUAAUGAAAUCUAAAAAUGGAAGAAAUUUUUAUUCUUUUAGAGGAAUACCAUAUGCUCUUCCACCAAUUGGUGAAUUGCGAUUCAAGUCUCCAAAACCUGCUACAUCAUGGAAAGGUACACGAUCAGCAAAAAAAGAUGCAGAUAUGUGCAUUCAAGUCAAUAGUUAUCAAAAGAAUAAUUUGCUUGAUAAAAUAAUUGGUUCAGAGGACUGUCUAUAUCUUAAUGUAUACACACCCGAAUUACCAACUCUCAAUACAGAAAAUAUAUCAAAAAAAUAUCCAGUAAUGAUUUGGAUUCAUGGAGGUGGAUGGUUAGAAGGAUCUGGUCAUUCAGAUAAACACAGCCCAAUUUAUUUUCUCGAUCACGAUAUUGUUCUAGUUACAAUAAACUACAGACUUGGUCCAUUGGGUUUUUUAAGUACCCAAGAUAUAGUAUCACCGGGUAACUAUGGAAUGAAAGAUCAAGUCCAGUCAAUAAGAUGGGUCAAAGAAAAUAUUGAUGCUUUUGGUGGUGAUCCAAAUAGUGUAACACUAUUUGGUGAAAGUGCAGGAGGAGCAAGUAUUCAUUAUCACAUGAUGAGUCCUCUUGCAAAAGAUUUAUUUCAUCGUGGAAUUUCACAAAGUGGAACAGCUUUAUCUUCAUGGGCAUUUAAUAAUGAAAAAACUGCAAUUGAAAAUGCAAAUAAACUUGGAAAAUAUCUCAACUGUCCAAUAUCAAAUUCAGAGAAUUUAAUUGCAUGUCUUAAAAAUAAAAAUGCAAGUGAUAUAAUGGAUACUGAUUCAAUAUUUAAAAUAUUUAGUAUAGAUCCAAUAAUGCCAUUUAGAGUUGUCAUAGAACCAAAACAUCCAGGUGCAUUUUUAACUGAAGACCCGGUUGAAUUGAUAAAAAAUGGUCAAGUCAGGGAUACACCAUGGAUGACAGGAAUUACAUCACACGAAGGGGCUCCUCCAGUAUUUUUUCUUUAUAAUUCUGAUGAUUUAAUUAAAUCACUAAAUGACAAGUGGCAAGAACUAGCACCAACUACUCUAAUGUAUCAACAGACACAUGAUGAAAAAUAUCACAAUGAAAUGGCUAAAAAAAUUCGUAAAUUUUAUUUGAAAAAUAAAAUUAUUGAUGAUUCAUCAAAGUCUGAUUUAAUUGAUAUGUACUCAGAUUUUUGGGAGAAUUUUGGUACCCAUCUGUCUGUGAAGUAUCAUCUUAAACAUUUUGGAAGCUCAGUAUUUUAUUAUGAAUUUUCAUACAGAGGAAAAACAUCAUUGAUCGAGACAUAUGGCAGUAAAGAAAAUUAUGGUGUUUCACAUACUGAUGAUUUAAUGUAUCUUUUUCCGUUGAGUAAACUAAGUUUUAGUCCAGAUAUUAAACAAAGUGAGGAAGACCAACAAAUGAUUGAUGUACUUACAAACAUUUGGUGCAAUUUUGCCAAACAUGGCAAUCCAACUCCUGUUGUAACGAAACAAUUACCAAAUAAAUGGAAACCAGUGAGAACUGAAGAUUUGGAAUUUUUUUUAAUAAAAAAUCCAGAAAAUAUGUUUAUGUCAAAAAAUUUUAAUAAAAAACGAAUGAAAUUUUUGGAAAAUUUACCAUUUAGAAAAUUAAAUGAUAGAGUCAAAGAUGAAUUAAUAUCAGAAAUAGAAAGAGAAGAAAUGAUAAUGAAAAUGCAAGAAAAAAUAACAGCUCCUUUACAAUGGAGCUGUUCAGAAUCAUGCAAAAUUAUUGAUCUAAAAGAACAACAUUAUCAACAAGUUUUACAUUUAAUAAAACAUCAUUUUUUUUCUGAUGAUCCAAUGUGUCUAUCAGCAAAACUUCUUGAUGAUCCAAUUUCAACCCAAGAAUAUCUUGAUGAAAUUUGUAGUUGGAUGAGAGAAAAUAAUAGCAUUGUUGCAAUCAGCAAAAAAAGUGAUAGAGUCGUUGGUGCUGCAAUUUUAAAAAUCAAUAGUGAAGAAGAAAAAAACCAUGUAUUUUCAAGAAUGAGAUUUCAGAUGUAUUCAGAUGCGUGGUUCAAUGUUGGUGGAGACAUGGCUGUAAGAGAUCAUCUUGAGACACUUUCAAGUCCUGUGUAUUAUUAUUAUUUUGCCUACAGAGGUGUAGCAUCAUUUUCAAAAAUAUUUGGUGCUCCAGAGGGUGAUUAUGGUGUAUCACAUGCAGAUGAACUUCAAUAUUUAUUCCCAGUUGGUGAACAAUUGUUCCAGGACACUCCACUCAGUAAAGAGGAUCACAAAGUCAUUGAUGUUAUGACAAGCUUGUGGUAUAAUUUUGCCAACUCUGGAAAUCCAACACCAAAAUUCACACCAAAAGUACCAUUGAAAUGGAAACCAGUACGUACUCAAGAACUUGAAUAUCUUCAUAUUGAAAAUUCAAAAAAUAUAACAAUGCUGAAAAAUCUUCUUCAUGAAAGAAUGAAAUUUUGGGAAAGUUUGCCACAUCGUGCUGCACUUCUUGCUGUCAACAUCAGAGAGACAGUGAAUGUUAUACUGAAUGUUUAUAUAAAUUUUUUAAUCAUGAAUGCAUUAAAAUUAAUAAGUUUAGUACUGUUUGACUAUUUGUUUAGUGCAACGUCUCCAAUUGUUGAUGUUAAAAAUGGAUCAUUAGUAGGUACAGUAAUGAAAUCAAGACAUGGUCGUAGUUUUUUUGCAUACAGAGGUAUACCUUAUGCUCUAUCACCAAUUGGGGAUUUACGUUUCGAGCCACCACGUCCAGCUGCUGGUUGGAGUGGAGUAAGAUCAGCAAGAUAUGAUGGAAGCUCUUGUACGCAAAAAUAUAAUUUAAAUAAUCAUGAAGAAAUAUUUGGAGAUGAAGAUUGUCUUUACUUGAAUGUAUACACUCCAAAGCUACCAUCAUUAAAUCAUGAAAAUAAAGAAACAAGUUUACCAGUAAUGAUUUGGUUACAUGGAGGAGGAUUUGACACUGGAACAGGUCAUUCAUUAUUUUAUGGACCGAAAUUUCUGCUUGAUCAUGAUGUAGUACUUGUCUGUGUUAACUACAGACUUGGAGCCCUAGGAUUUCUUAGCACAGAGGACAUGAUAAUACCAGGUAAUCAAGGCUUGAAAGAUCAAGCUCAAGCAAUAAGAUGGGUCAAUGAAAAUAUUGGUGCAUUUGGAGGUGAUCCAAAUCGUGUUACACUGUUUGGACAAAGUGCUGGUGCUGCUAGUGCAAAUUUACACAUGAUGAGUGGUCUUUCAAAAGGCUUAUUUCAUCGUGUUAUCGGGCAAAGUGGAACAGCUAGAUGUCCCUGGGUAUAUAAUGCACCAGGAUUAUCAAAAAAAUAUGCAAAAAAACUUGGUGAAUUUCUCAAUUGUCCAACUGAUAAUUCAACAAUACUAUUGAAAUGUCUGAGACAAAAAAAUUCAGCUGAUAUUGUAUUGACAGAUAAAAAAUUUGAAAAUGAUGAUUAUUUUUCAUUGUCACCUUUCAAGCCAGUCAUUGAGGCUGAUCAUCCAGGUGCUUUUUUAACAAAAGAACCAGUUGAAUUUAUAGAUAAUGAAAAUUGGAAUGAUAUUCCAUGGUUAAUGGGAGUUAAUUCACAUGAAGGAGGUUAUCCAAUUGCUGUAAAUGAGGGAAAAAAUAAUGAUUUUUUAAAAUUAUUAAAUGACAACUGGAUUAAAUUGGCACCACAUGUUUUUUUAUAUGCACAUAUUUGUCCAAAAGAAUAUCAAGAAGAAAUGAGUAAAAAAAUACGUCAAUUUUAUUUGGAUGACAAAAAAAUUAAUGAAUCAACAAAAUUUGAUGUUAUUACGGCGUUGAGUGAUGGAGUUGGAUUUGCCUAUGUUGAGAUGAGUGCUAGAGAUCAUUUUAGAAAAAAAAAUAGUCCAGUAUAUUAUUAUCAUUUUGCUUAUAAUGGAACAGCAACAAUGGGAAAACGUCUUGGUAAAUCAACAAGUGAUUAUGGUGUUAUUCAUGGUGAUGAAUUGCAAUAUUUAUUUCCACUUGGUGAACGUUUUUUCGAUGAUAUUAGUCUCUCAAUGGAGGACAAUAAAAUGAUUGAUAUUUUAACUGAACUUUGGUUUAAUUUUGCAAAUACUGGAAAUCCUACUCCAGAGAUAACGAAAAAAAUUCCAAUUAAAUGGACACCAGUAGAGAGUGAAGAACUUGAAUAUUUAUUAAUUGAAAAACCAAAUGAACUUGUAAUGUCAAAAAAUCUUUACCCGGAGAGAAUAAAAUUUUGGCAAUCAUUUCCACAACUUAGAUGGACAUUUGAAUCAAAUAGAAAUUUUAAAAUAAAAGAUGAGUUGUAAAUAAAUUAACGUGACAAUGUAAUUAUAUAAUUAAAAAAACGAAAAAUAAAUUUACGAAUUUUGUAGCAGAAAAAAGAUAAACAUGUUUGUUUAAAAGUUGAAAAAUAUAUUUUUAAAAACAAAUUUCAUGAUAUUAUGGUUCUAGUAU